CUUAGUCGACAUAGGAUAUACUCGAUUUCCCUACGUAAAUGAAAGGUGAAAACUCGCUCGUUACACGUCAUAAGGCCUGGAAAAACUCCCGCGACGGGACGUAAGAAAGAAAAACUUUUUUUUUCGUGUGCGCGCAGAAUUUUCUUCAGUGUAAAUAUACUUUUUAUUUUAAUUUAAUUAAAUAAAAAGAACUUUUCGAUAAAGUGAUGGAAUUUUUGUACUAAAAAAAAAGAUGAAUUUGGAAAAGUGGUUGUGCGUGUAAAAGAACUAUUUUUGGAUCGAAGUUCAAAAUGGGGUGGUUUAGUACUGAUCACCGACAUAAUAUAGGAUGGAUUUUGUUACCUCUAGUUAGUUUGUGGACUAUACAGUUGAUUUUCGCCGAAAGUACCAAGUUAGCGUUUGGAGCAGGUGAUCCUAGUGGAGUAGUUUGUCCCCCAGGGACCUUCAAAUGUCCAGAGGGUAAAUGCAUACCAUCGUUAUGGGUGUGCAACUACCAGAAAGAUUGCGAGAAAGGAGAGGAUGAGUUCCAGCAGUGUUCACCUCCUGACUGUGAACCUGGACAACUCACCUGCAGGCAGUAUAUCUUUAACAAAACAUACUGUAUACCACCUCACUAUAGGUGUGACAUGAACGUGGAUUGUAUAGACGGUUCAGAUGAGUCAGAGUGCACGUACAGGAAAUGUCAGCAAGACGACUUCCAUUGCGGACCCAAAACUUCCGACCCGUGCAUACCAAAAGAGAAAAAAUGUGAUGGCUAUCUGGAUUGCAGAAGCGGGAAAGACGAACAAAACUGUCCGGGAAUUUCUUGUAGAUUGGAUCAAUUCAGAUGCUCCAACGGCCAAAGGUGUAUCGAGGCAUCCCAAAAGUGCGACCACAAAAACGAUUGCGGUGACAACUCCGACGAACAGGGUUGCAACUUCCCUGUCUGUCACGGAGUCCAAUUCAGGUGUGCCAACGCCCUGUGCAUCCCCGGGGCAUUCCGAUGUGACGGUUACCAAGACUGCUCAGACGGGAGUGACGAAGUCAACUGUACCGCCAUAGCAUGUCCCGAUAACAAGUUCCUAUGCCCCAAGGGUACUCCCCAGGGUACUUACAAGUGCAUCCCCAAAAGCAAGCUUUGCGAUGGGAAGCAUGACUGCGAAGAUCAUGCCGAUGAGGAAGCGGCCUGUUCUAAACUGGCCUGUCCUUUGUUGAGGUGCGAGUACAAGUGCCAAGCUUCGUUGACAGGAGGACAAUGCUAUUGUCCAGAUGGAAAGAUCCUUGCACCCGACAACCGCACAUGCGCCGAUCGUGACGAGUGUUCCUUGUGGGGAUACUGCGACCAACUGUGCACCAACACACCCGGAAGUUACAGCUGUUCCUGUGCUUCCGGUUACGCUCUCAAAGACAAGAACCGUUGCGUUGCCACGGAGUCCAACAUGAUGGAGUUGUAUUUUGCGCACGACAAGAGCAUUUUUGUCAUGAACCCGACCGGUACAAACGUGAAAAUUGUGGUUAAUACUACGGGAGCUAGUGGGUUGGAUUACCACUACAAUCAGAACGCUUUGUAUUGGUCUGAUGUGAAAACAAAGAGGAUCCAUUCUCAUCCACUGAAAGGAACCAGCACAUUUGAUCCAAUAGACCGCGACAUCGUACUACCCGGUACUUGGCUACCGGUAGCCAUAGCAGUCGACUGGGUAGGCGACAAACUCUACGUAGCAGACGCGGUAGGCCAAAAAAUCGACGUCUUCGAGCUCCACGCCUCCCGAGACCAAAGCAGGUGGCACGCCAUAGUCCUUAGCGCCAACCUAACCAACCCAGCUGACAUAGCCCUCGAUCCAACAGUUGGCUACAUGUUCAUAGCUGACAGUUCCCAAGUUCUCAGAGCCAACAUGGAUGGAACGAAUUCUCUAUCAAUCGUUUCCGAAGCCGCCUACAAAGCUUCCGGUGUAGCAGUGGAUAUAAUCGCUAGAAGAGUGUUUUGGUGUGAUUCUCUUUUGGACUACAUUGAAACGGUAGACUACGAUGGACAAAAAAGGUUCCUGGUCGUUCGAGGACAGCAAGUUCCGAGUCCAGCAAGAUUGGCUUUGUUCGAGAACAGGAUAUAUUGGACGGACAGUACCAAGCAGGGAGUGAUGUCGGUGGAUAAGUUUGAGAGUACCAGUAUUCAGUCGAUUUACCGUAUGAGGGAUAUAAGGGAUCCUAAAGGGAUUAAAGCGGUUCAUCCGUUGAAUCAGAGGUACGUGAGGAAUCCUUGUGGAAAUAAUAAUGGCGGAUGUCAGCAUAUGUGUAUUGUGACGCAGACGGAGGUCAUCAAGGGAACUCUUCCUCCAAUUUUAGGUUACAGAUGCGCCUGUAACAUCGGUUAUAGACUAAUGUCCGACCAACUGCACUGCGACCUAGUCGAAGACUUUUUGAUGUAUUCCCAACAAAGAUUCAUCAAAGGCAAGGUGCUGGAACCUGUAGUAGAAGGUUUCAGUGACGCUAUUUUACCAGUUGUAUCCAGAAGAGCUAGAUUCGUGGGUCUGGACUUCGACGCUAGCGAGGAACAAAUCUACUACUCGGACGUCCUUCAAGACGUCAUUUACCGCGUCCAUCGCAAUGGAGAAUCAAAGGAAAUCGUCCUGGCCUCCCAAAACGAAGGAGUUGAAGGCCUUGCCGUAGAUUGGGCUGCCAAAAACCUCUAUUACAUCGAUUCCAGAAAAGGAACCCUUAACGUCCUGUCAACUAGAAACGUCACUUACCGGAGAACCCUCUUGAAGAACCUGAAACGACCCAGAGCGAUAGUAGUGCAUCCAAACAAAGGCUUUCUGUUUUUCUCCGAGUGGGAUAGGCCCGCUAAUAUUUCCAGAGUUCUGACAGACGGAACUAACCUUACCGUGUUUAAGAAUCUCACUCUUGGAUGGCCUAAUGGGCUGUCUAUCGAUUUUAGAACGGACAGGUUGUAUUGGUGCGAUGCCUUGAUCGAUCACGUGCAGCAUUCGAAUUUGGAUGGGAGUGAUGUGAGGACUGUGAACUCCAGGCUGAUCAGGCAUCCUUUCAGCAUCGUCAUCUACAACGAUUACAUGUACAUCACCGACUGGCGCCUGGAUGCAAUAAUCCGCCUUCACAAGCUUACCGGUGAAGGCGAAGAGGUCCUGGUUCGAGAACCCCAAACCAAUCGACUGUACGGCGUGAAAAUCUACUCGAAAAACGAACAGAACGUUACGGAAAACUACCCUUGCCACUCUCUGGGAAGUCCCUGCUCCAAACUGUGUUUCGCCAUUCCGACGGAAGAUGGCAGUAAGUUACAGGCCAGGUGCGGCUGUCCAUAUGGUGAAAGGCUUGGAGAGGACGGGACUAGUUGUUUGGACGACCCUAGUCACGAACCGCCGGUACAGGCUUGUCCGAAUAGUUGGGACUUUACCUGUAACAAUCAGCGAUGCAUUCCAAAGUCUUGGGUUUGUGAUGGGGACGAUGACUGUUUGGACAAUAGUGACGAAGAACAGAAUUGUACUAAACCAACAUGUAGUGCACAAGAGUUCCAGUGCAAAUCAGGCAGAUGCAUUCCUCUAACUUUCAAAUGCGACGCUGAAAACGAUUGCGGUGACUUCAGUGAUGAAACAGGCUGUGUGAACGUUACUUGUAGUGCCACUCAGUUCCACUGUGAUAACGGAAGAUGCAUACCCAACAGUUGGAAAUGUGACUCAGAAAAUGACUGCGGUGAUGGUAGCGACGAGGGUGAUUCCUGUGCAGAGAAAACUUGUGCCUAUUACCAAUUCACCUGUCCAAGAACUGGACACUGUAUUCCUCAAAAUUGGGUUUGCGAUGGCGACGAUGAUUGUUUUGAUAAACAAGACGAACAGGACUGUCCUCCAAUCACUUGCAAGCCCAAUCAGUUUAAAUGUGCUGACUUGAGACAGUGCGUCCAGGAAAGUUACAAAUGCGACGGUAUUCCAGAUUGUAAUGAUGGCAGUGACGAACUAGGAUGUCCUUCUAUAGCCCCAGAUCAAUGCAACCUGGAAAAACAAUUCCAAUGCCAGUCCUCUGGCAUUUGUAUCCCGAAAUCCUGGCACUGUGACGGCACUCCAGACUGCGAUGACAGGUCUGAUGAACCGGAAUCUUGCGGAAAUGUCAACUGCCCUGCCAACUUCUACAAAUGUAACAACACCCAAUGCAUAUUUAAGGCAUAUAUUUGCGAUGGAAAACCAGACUGUGAAGAUGGAUCAGACGAGAGCUACAUACAUGCCUGUACCAAGCCUCCAUUUAGGUGUGCUUCAGAUCAAUGGUUAUGUCCCGGAGUCACAGACCGUUGUGUGAACCUCACCAACGUCUGUGAUGGCAAGCCUCACUGUCCCAAUGGUGCAGAUGAAGGUCCCGACUGUGAUUUUAAGGAAUGUCAACACCAAACUGGUCUCUGCUCGAAUGGAUGUAAACAGACGCCAUCAGGACCGUUAUGCUUGUGUCCCCAAGGAGAAACACUAACGAGCGAUGGCUUGAACUGUGAAGACCUGAACGAAUGUGACCCUCCAGGAGUGUGUUCACAAAGCUGUGUCAACACUAAAGGAUCCUAUUUUUGUAGCUGUGUUCCUGGAUACCUUCUAGAACCAAACAAGCAUUCCUGCAAAGCGUUUAAUCAUUCUUCUGCAUUUUUGAUUAUCUCAAACCGUCAUUCUAUCCUGGUAGCUGACCUAAAAGACCAGAGCCUGGAAAGAGUACCAAUUAUAGUAGAAAACGUGGUAGCUACAGCCUCCAACAUGCAUUCAGGUACAAUUUUCUGGUCUGACAUGAAACUGAAGAAAAUAUCCAAACUGGAUAGGAAUAGUGUACCAGUGGAUAUUAUUUCAACCGGUUUGGACUUGGUAGAGGGUUUGGCGUAUGAUUGGAUCGGUGGGAAUAUUUACUGGUUGGAUUCCAAACUGAAUACCAUCGAGGUGGCAAAGGAAAAUGGCUUGAACAGAAUUGUAUUGGUGAAGGAGAAUAUUACUCAACCUAGAGGGAUGUGUUUGGAUCCAAAACCAGGAGCGAGAUGGCUGUUUUGGACAGAUUGGGGCGAAAACCCACGCAUAGAACGCAUGGGAAUGGACGGUACUAACAGAUCCAUCAUCAUCAACACGAAAAUCUACUGGCCCAACGGCCUGACUCUGGACACGACCACAGACCGAAUCUAUUUCGCCGAUUCCAAGCUGGACUUCAUCGAUUUCUGCAACUAUGACGGUACAGGACGUCAAAACGUCCUAGCCGGUAGCCAUUAUCUCCUCCAUCCUCAUUCCUUAACCAUUUUCGAGGACACCCUGUAUUGGACGGAUCGCCAGCUGAACCGAGUACUUUCCGCUCACAAAUUUAAAGGAAACAACCAGACUGUGGUGUCUCAUUUGAUAUCGCAACCGUUGAGCAUCCACGUGCACCAUCCCAGCUUGCAACCGAUCACUGGGAACCCUUGUGCUCAAUCGAAUUGUGAGCACAUUUGCCUGGCUAGUCCUUCGUCUUCGUCAGGGUAUACUUGCAAGUGUCGGGCAGGUUUUAAAUUGACGCCUGAGGGACGGUGUGCUGAAGAUGACAGUGCUUUUAUUCUGUUGAUGAAGGGAUCUCAGAUUAUUGAUGUGGGUCUGACACCUGGCGAGAAUGCUGCUAAUGGAAUAACUCCGGUGAUUGGUGCUGAGAAUGGUAAACAAGUGGAGUACGACAGGAAGACUAACACUGUGUAUUGGUUGGAAGGCAAACCUGACGAUGAAGACAAUUGUACUUUAUGGACAACCCCGUUAGGAGGAGGCAACAAAACCCAACUUUUGGGUGUGGAUAAUGGUAUAGUGGGUGCUCCAAGUGCCAUAGCCUUCGAUUGGUUAGGAAGGAACAUGUACAUAGCCAACAGGUUGGCUAGUAAUUUCGAGGUGGUCAGGGUUGAUGGGAAAGUCCGACACAGAACUAUUAUUUUGGCCAAUGAUGGUAACAAGACUUCUGUGGCUAAACCAAGAGCGAUCUGCCUGGAUCCUACUGAAGGAAAGUUGUACUGGACUGACGAAGGUGGGAAUGGAGUGCCACAGAAAAUUGGCAAGGUAAACAUGGACGGAUCCAACCCAGUAAUCCUAGUAGAGGACAUCGACCGUCCCGAAGCCAUAACCAUCGAUAUCGACUCAAAAACCAUCUACUACAGUACCCAAUACCCACCCAUGAUCCUCAGCAUAGACACUUUUGGCGGACGAAAAUCCACCAUUUUGACAGAGGAAGGUUAUAUCUCGAUGCCAAAAGCCAUCAGCGUCAUCGGUAGCAGACUGUACUACUUGGACCCUAGUUACGAGAAGUUAGUGCAGGUGGCACUGCCCACUGGUACCAAUCCAAGGAUGAUAUUGGAAAACGAACCCGAUCUAAAGACAUUUACCAUAUUCAGGAAAAGGCCAUUUGGAGAUCACCCGUGCUUGAUUAAUAAUGGAGGAUGUGAGCAGAUUUGUAUUCCUGGGGAGGCUAGAUCGAGAAAAUGCGUUUGCAGCAUAGGUUACAAGGGUAAUGAGAUCAGUUGUUCGCCGUACAAGACGUUUGCUGUGGUUACACAAUUGGACAAAGCAAGAGGAUAUAGUUUGAAAGACUCUUCCGAAGCGAUGGUUCCAAUAACUGGAUUGGGACACCAUAUUCUACACGUAGAUGUUCAUUAUGCAGAAAACUGGAUCUACUGGGUGGAAUUUAAUAGAGGACUUUGGAACGGAAUCUUCAGAAUAAGACCAAAUGGAACAGAACUGCAGCAUAUAAUCAAAGACGGUAUUGGUAGCAACGGUAUCAGAGGAAUCGCCAUCGACUGGAUAGCCGGUAACCUCUACUUCACCAACGUCUUCCCCCACGAAAACUACCUAGAAGUCUGCUGGUUGGACGGCAGCAACCGCAAAGUUCUGGUCAAAACGACAGCUGACGCUCCCAGGGAACUGGCAGUGAACCCAAUCAAGAGAAUACUGUACUGGAUCGAUUACGGACAGUACCCACGGAUCGGAAAAUCGUACUUGGACGGUUCCGGUUGGCAGGCUAUCAUCACAUCGGGCGUCAGUAAUCCAAGAGACUUGACAAUUGACAUGAACACUCAUGACGUGUACUGGGUUGACGCAAAACUGGAUAUGAUUCAGAAGAUUUCGUUUAGUGGUGGUAGCAGACAAGUUGUCAGGCGUAACCUACCAAACCCAAUGGGUAUUGCAAUUUACAAAAGCGAUGUGUACUGGGUGGAUCGAAACCUCAAGGCUGUUUUUAAAGCUUCUAAAUUGCCUGGAAACACCUCUAUACCUACCAGGGUUCGAACAAAUUUGGAUAAGUUGAGGGAUAUCGCAGUUUUCGACAUAACCAAUCAACCUACAGACGAGAGUAAUUCUUGCAGGCGAUUUGGCAACGGUGGUUGUGAACAAUUGUGCUUCUCCUUCCCCGCUGAUGCAGAUAUUAGACAUUCCUUCAAGUGUGAUUGUGCCGUAGGGCACAUUGCCGCUGAUGGAAGAAAAUGUGAAUCUGUUGAUGAAUACCUGGUGUUCUCUACUCGGACUGAAAUAAGAGCCAUCAACUUGGAUCCCCAUUCGACAACUUUACCAUUUUCUCCCAUAGGCAACUUGACGAAUGUGGUGGGCAUCGACUUCGACUACAAGCAUCAAACUUUGUUGUUCACCCAAAUAAGACCGUGGGCCAGGAUUGCCAGUAUGCCUGCAACGAUGCCAGAUGGCAAGAACAUCGUCAACAUUAAGAACAAAGGUAUUAAUCCAGAAGGAAUUGCCUACGACUGGACCCAACAAAAAAUCUAUUGGACCGACUCAUCGAAUAGAAGUAUCUAUGCCAUGAACUUGGAUGGUUCCGACUUGGUCAUGAUAACAAGAGUAGAACGACCCAGAGCCAUAGUCAUUGACCCUUGCAAUGGAACCUUAUUCUACACUGACUGGGGCAAGUUCGGCACUUCUGGCAAGAUCCUCCGAACUACCAUGGCUGGAUCACUAAAACGAGUGAUAAUAGACAAGAACCUGGCUCAACCGAGUGGUUUAGCGAUCGAUUUUGAUGAAAACAAGCUGUAUUGGACGGAUGCAGUCAGGGAAAAAAUCGAAAGAAGCGACAUGGAUGGAAAAAACAGAGAAGUUCUGGUUGCAGCAACUAUAUAUCCGUUCUCGAUCACUAUAUUUGGUGAUUACAUCUACUGGACCGAUUUGCAGCUUAGGGGAGUGUACAGAGCUGAAAAACACACCGGAGCUAAUAUGAUAGAAAUGGUAAAACGCCUGGAAGACAGUCCUAGGGACAUUCAAGUUUAUUCUCCUAAACGUCAAAACUGUGCUUACAAUCCCUGUCACAUAAAUAAUGGAGGGUGUGCCCAAAGUUGUCAUCCUGCACCAAAUGGGGCAGCAGAAUGUCGGUGUGAUGAUAACACCAAGUUAGUGAACGAAGGUAGAAUGUGCGUUUCGAAGAAUUUGAGCUGUGAUUCGAGCAAAUUUUACUGUGCUAAUGGAAGAUGCAUUUCAAGAAUGUGGGCUUGUGAUGGGGAUGACGAUUGCGGUGAUAAUUCUGAUGAAGACACCAACUAUUGCUCUUUUCAUUCGUGUUCACCCAACGAAUUCAGAUGCGCCAACGGUCGCUGCAUCUUCAAAUCAUGGAAAUGUGACCACGAAAACGACUGUAAAGACGGUUCGGAUGAACAAGAGUGUGAAUAUCCACCCUGUGCACCAGGAGAGUUCACUUGCGCUAACUUCAGAUGCAUUCCCAUGGCUCAGGUGUGCAACGGAGUGAACGAUUGCAAGGAUAAUGUAACUUCGGACGAAACUCAUGAAAGGUGCCCCCAAAACACUACCUGCCCUCCAAAACACCUAAAAUGCGAGAACACCAACAUCUGCGUGGAACCGUAUUGGCUCUGUGACGGUGAUAACGAUUGCGGUGAUAAUUCUGACGAGAAUCCGCUUCACUGUGCUCAGAGAACUUGCCCACAAAACAGUUUUAGAUGCUCCAACCAUAGAUGUAUACCGGCAACUUGGUACUGUGAUGGUGAUGAUGAUUGCGGUGAUGGAGCUGACGAACCUCCAGAGUACUGUAAAAGUGAUGGAAGGACUUGCUUCGGUGAUUUGUUUACCUGUGAUAAUGGAAACUGUAUUCCUAGGAUUUAUAUAUGUGAUGGAGACAACGAUUGCUUGGAUAAUAGUGACGAGGACAGUAGACACGAGUGCAAUGAUAGAAAAUGUGACGAAGAAACUGAAUUCACUUGUGAAGCGAACAAGGCAUGGGGAAGGGCUCAGUGCAUUCCUAAAAAAUGGCUGUGCGAUGGUGACCCCGAUUGUAUCGAUGGGGCCGACGAAAAUACCACAAUCCAUCAUUGUCCAGCACCCCAAGCCUGCGCAGACGAUCAAUUUACUUGUGGCAAUGGACGCUGUAUUAAUAAGGGUUGGUUAUGUGAUCAUGACAACGACUGUGGAGACGGUACCGAUGAAGGCAAAGACUGUAAUUCCCAAUACAAAACCUGCGGCACUAACGAGUUCACUUGCCAGAACUUCAAGUGCAUCAGAAAUCAGUACCGAUGCGAUGGCGAAGAUGACUGUGGAGAUCACUCUGACGAAGUCAACUGCAAAAAAGGUAACACAACGUGUCCAAACCCUAGCCAGUUCCGCUGUAACAACGGUCAGUGUAUUGAUGGUCAUUUGGUUUGUAACAAGGUAGCAGACUGCACUGACGAAUCCGAUGAGCCUUUGCACUGUAAUGUUGACGAGUGCGCUAAGGUAGAACUGCAUCAGUGUGGACACAAAUGCGUGGACACACUCACUGGAUUCUACUGCGAAUGCAACCAGGGAUACAAGUUACUCCAAGAUGGUAAAGCCUGUGCUGACAUCGACGAAUGCAUAGAAACCCCAGGAGUUUGCUCGCAAUAUUGCAGCAACACCCCAGGCAGUUUCUACUGCAAGUGCAACGAUCAAUUCUACGAGCGCGAAGCAGACGAGCACACCUGCAAGAGAAAGGACAAAACCCAACCCUGGCUCAUCUUCACCAACAAGUACUACAUCAGAAACAUGUCCAUCGACGCUUCAGUUUACAACCUAGUCCACCAAGACCUCAUGAACGUCGUGGCCUUGGAUUUCUUCCUGGAUGGACCGAACUCGAAAAUGUAUUUCUGCGACGUGACAGCUAAAACGAUAUUCAGAACUCCCUUAAACGGAAACGAGAGAGAACCAGUGAUACGUCACGAUUCGCAUGGUCUGGAAGGAAUCUCUAUAGACUGGAUUGCAAAGAAGCUUUACUGGCUGGACAGGCAUUCCAAGAACUUAGAGGUGGCAGAGCUGGAUGGUACUAAUAGAAAAACCUUGAAGACUAGUAUAGCAGAUCCCAGAGCUUUGGUAGUGCAUCCGGGAACAGGAUAUCUGUAUUUCACUUCCUGGCAUCUGCAGGCUUACAUCGGAAAGCUUGGAAUGGACGGAUCGAACUUUACGAGGAUUUUAACCUGGGAUGAUGACAUUGCUUGGCCCAAUGCUUUAACAAUUGACUUCUUUACUGACAGACUAUACUUUGCUGACGCUCAUUUAGAUUAUAUCGCUUUCACUGAUUUGGAAGGUCGUCACAGACAUAUUGUUAUAUCAGGAAAUGCAGUUCCUCACGUGUUUGCCAUAACUCUUUUCGACGAUUUUGUUUACUGGACUGAUUGGAACCUGAAGUCCAUUUCCAGGGCUAAUAAGUUUACUGGAAAGGAUCUGAGAGUUUUGAGGAAUACCACGCAUAAACCAUACGAUAUUCAUAUCGUGCAUCCUUUAAGGCAGCUUCCAUAUACUAAUCCUUGUGGAGAUAAUAAUGGAGGGUGUUCGCAUUUGUGUUUGAUUUCCCCACCACCUGCGUCAUCUUAUUUGAAUAUCGACGGAUAUGGGGAGGAAGGUGAAACAAGUUUUGUAUGCGCAUGUCCCAACCAAUUCUAUCUGGCUCCGGAUAGUAAGACUUGUGUGGCGAACUGUACGGAGGGACAGUGGCAGUGUAAAGGAAAGGACGAAAAAUGUAUCCCUUGGUUCUGGAAAUGUGAUGGGGAAAAAGAUUGUAAAGAUGGUUCGGAUGAACCUGAGACUUGCCCACCCAGACAAUGCCGCAACGGAACGUUCCAAUGUAAAAAUAAUAAUUGCACACCAUCAGCUACCAUUUGUGAUGGUACCGAUGAUUGUGGGGACAAUUCCGAUGAGGAAAAUUGCGACAAAGAGUGUCCAGAAUUUGAGAUGAAGUGCAAGUCCAACGGAAGAUGCAUCUUGAACAGCUGGAAGUGCGACGGGGAUGCCGACUGCAAGGACGCCUCCGACGAAGACCCUAUCAUGUGUCACAACCGCAAAUGCGACGAAGAAACAGAAUUCUCCUGCAAAAACGGAAAAUGCAUCCCCAAGCUCUGGAUGUGCGACUUCGAUAACGACUGCGGAGAUGAUUCCGACGAACCAGCCUACAUGUGUCGUCAAAGAAAUUGCACAACGGGCUGGCAACGUUGCCCGGGACGUUCCAACUACCGUUGCAUACCAAAGUGGCUGUUCUGCGAUGGUAAAGACGAUUGCAGGGAUAACAGUGACGAAUUGCCCGAGAAUUGUCCUUCCUGCAACCCGGAAACGGACUUCAAAUGCAAGAACAACCGAUGCGUUCCCAAGCAGUGGACUUGUGACUUUUCCGACGAUUGUGGUGAUGGUAGCGAUGAGCUGGAGGAUAUGUGUAAAGGAGUCUAUAGGGAAUGUUCUGAAUCGGAGUUCCAGUGUGGUAAUGGAAAGUGUAUCGCCUCUAGGUGGCGUUGCGAUCACGAAGAUGAUUGUGGCGAUAACACUGAUGAGAUUUCUUGUAACGGAUACCAAUGUAAAAACGGUACGUUCCAAUGUGCUUCCGGACACUGUAUCAACGCCUACUUCCGCUGUGACGGUGACAGAGACUGUAGGGACAUGUCGGACGAGAUGAACUGUCCGCCGAAGUAUCCCGGAGGAAAGUACUGCCCGGAAUCGAAAUUCCAGUGCCAGAACCACCUGUGUAUCAAUCAGGCCGACCUGUGCGACGGUACGGACGAUUGCGGCGAUAACUCGGACGAAGCGCCAUCUCUAUGCACGAACUUCAACUGCGACAGUCUCAGAAGGUUCCAGUGUGCCAACCACAAGUGUAUUCCUAGGCAUCAGCUAUGCGAUGGCGUGGACAAUUGUGGUGACGGUAGUGACGAGAAUGACAUGUCACUUUGCACAAAGAAAUUGAAACCUUGCAGCGUGUUCAACGAGUUCAAAUGUGCCAAUAACAAGUGCAUCGACAAAAAACAAGUUUGCGAUUUCGCUGACGAUUGUGGUGAUAGCUCAGACGAGCUAGGUUGUCAUCAUAACAACAUUUGCACCGAAUUAACUAGAGGAGGUUGUGACCACAGUUGCUUAAAUCUAACAGGAGGUGGAUACAUCUGUACUUGUUUCAAUGGUUACAUAAUAGCGAAGGAUAAUAGAAAACAUUGCGAUGAUAUCGACGAAUGUGCGACAGGCACGCAUCAUUGCUCGCAAGUUUGUUCCAACUUGAAUGGUACUUAUUCGUGCUCUUGUAAGCCUGGAUUCAUGUUAUCCGAUCUACUAUCCGGAGUUUGUAGAGCUAUACUGGAGAACACUGAGUUACUCUUCGCCAACGGACCUGAAAUUCGAGCCCUCAACUUGGUCAUGAAAGAUGAAAAGGGUGUCAUCCUGGAGGAGAAACGCAUCGAAGCUGUGGAUUACAAUCCCAGCACCAGGAUGGUAUUCUGGGCGGAUUCCUACUACAAAACGAUUAAAAGAAGUUACCUACCGUCGGCCCUGGAUGGGAAGGUCAAGACUGGAUUCUCCCAAGACCUGGAAAUGAAGGCCAAUUCCAAACCAACAGCAAUCGCGGUGGAUUGGAUCGGUGAUAAUAUUUAUUGGACUGAAACGGAUAGAACUGGAUCCAAACCAAAAGGUAGAGUCAUGGUAGCCAAAACGGACGGUAGAUACAGAAGAGCUCUGGUAAACGUUGGUCUGGAAAGUCCAACAUCUCUGGUUUUGGACCCACAACUAGGCAGAAUGUUCUGGAGCGACGCGGGUUCUGCCCCAAAGAUAGAAAUGUCUUGGAUGGACGGCUCCAAACGGAGACCACUGAUCACGGACGACAUCAGACACCCCAGCGGCCUGGCGAUUGACUACAACAUGGGUCAUAUGCUGUACUGGGUGGAUACCAAGCUGAAUACCAUCGAAUCCAUGAAACCUGAUGGUUCAAUGAGAAAAGUGAUAUUGAGAGGAUUAAUGCUGAAGCACCCUAUUUCCUUGGACGUUUUCGAGAGCAACUUAUACUGGGUGACCAAAGAUAGCGGUGAGGUGAUCAAACAAGAUAAAUUCGGUCGCGGAGUACCCGUGGUGGUACAAAGAGACCUCCUGCGGCCAUCUAGUGUUAAAGUGUUGCACGAUCAGAAAUACAACGUAUUUCUACCCAAUCCUUGUAAGAACAACCAAUGCUCUCAUCUGUGCCUUAUUGUUCCUAAUGGACAUAGAUGUUCAUGCCCGGAUUCUUCGAUAAUGCCAACGCACAAAACCAAGGCUGAGAUAAUUUGCGAUGCACCAAUAGAACAAGAAAGGGCGUUACCCAGAGUAUGCGAAUGUCAAAAUGGAGGACUAUGUAGGCAAGAUGAAACCGAUGGUCUACUGUGCGAGUGUUUGCCUAAUUACGAGGGUAGAUUCUGUGACAUCCUUGUUGCUCAUGGAAGCAGUGCCGGAGGAAGCGCUACAACUGCCGUAGUUGUACCCAUCGUUGUCAUUUUACUGAUUCUUGGUGCCGCCACCGGAGUGUGGUUCUUUAUCAGGAAACGACCAUUCGGUAAAGGUGGGCUUGGUUCUUUGGCAAGCAGCCAAAGCGUGUCUUUCAGACAGGGUACCAACGUAGAGUUUGGUGCCAACAGUUUGGGUGGUCCAGGAGCGCCGGAACCACUAGAUGUAGCCUACAGUCUGGACCCUGUCAACAGCAAAAACAGGGAUUUCCAUAAUCCCAUGUACGAUGCGGUACAAAACAAUCCGGAUAUGGUUGGCAACGGUAGUGGAGCUCUUUACGAAGUGCCUUCUGAUCUCACAAAAACGAAAUCUGCUGAUACGUUUACUGAGCCACCCAGUGCAGUUAUAGCACCGUCUAGCGUUACUCACAGAUCUUCGCCUCAAGUCCAAGUUAGACACAAAGAAACGAAUCCAGUGACCUUCGAUUCGGGGAAAGACACUCAAAAACUAGUGGAGGAAGAUUGCUGAUACAGGGUGAGACAAAAAAUACUACGGUAAAAAUGAAUCUAGAAAAAAACUAAUAUAUAUCGUUCUAAAUGAAAAAAAUACAUUCCACUGGACUUUAACACUAUAUAGUUUGUAAAAAUUGACUAUAUUUAUAUAUGUAUAGAGAAAUCAGCUGUGAUUUUGUAAAAAAUGAGAUAAUAUCUUUAUAUCAUUAGCAGACAUUCCGUUUUUUUUUUCUAAAAUUUGUAUAAAAAAUGAAAAAAUGAGUCUAUUUUUGUAUGAAUAAAUUAAAAUUCUGAUAUUCUAGAGUAUAUAAAAUUGAUAUUAUAAGGAUAUAAGAAUGUUAACGCCUGUUUUUGUGUUUUUUUUUAAAUAUAUGAAGAGUUAGUGCCAUUCGAGAGGGAAAAAAACAAAAUAAAUUAAAAAAACACACGGCUCUGAAAAAAACGACUGUAAAAACAAAAAAUUCGGUUUUUGUUUAAUUAUUAUUGUAAAUAUGCUAAUCUUAAUUAACAAAACUCCUAUAUACAGGGUGCGUCUCAAAUACCAAGUCUAAAAUUAUAAUAAAACAUUUCACAUUUUGACAACCACUGGUUGAUUAUACCGUAUGAUCGAAAAAAAACGGCGUCCGGUUGGCUUGGAAAUGAACAUCGUUCACAUUUCCCAUAUAAUUUUACAUAUAAAAUGACAGCGAUCUUCAUUUCAUAGCCAUCGCUGACGCCGUUUUUAUUCGAUCAUACGGUAUAUGAUACCAACAAUAAACUUUUAGUCACGUGAUUAAGCUUGAACGGUACAGCGGCGUUGCCGACUUUUACAUAUUUUCGUUUAAUCAAAAUACUUUAGGAAAAAAAUAAUUAUAAAUAUAUAAACAGAUAUUAUUAUCAUCAACAAAAUUCACCUCCUUAAUUGCGCUUAAGGGACAUAAAAGGCCAUUACUACCGCUUGCCGUUCAUAAUAUUCGGCUCCAAAAAGUUUUAUAAAAUAUAGAGGGCAAUUUAAAAGAAAAUACGAUGUUUUCUUUAGAAACCAACCCAAUGCCGUGCUUUUGGGGGUUUGAAAUAUACUCCCAGCUAAAACAUUUGCUUUUAUUUGAGAAACAUCCUGUAGAAAAUAGAAGGAAAUAUAUAAUUUUAUUGUUUUUAAUUGUAUUAAGUGCAAAUAAGUUUAUAAUCUUAAAGAAAUUAAUUAAAUAUCAACAAUUUGAUUAAUUGAUUUGAAGAUUUGAAGGAUAUUCAUUUCCAUCCCGUCCAAAAAAAAA